AUGUCGUCCAUAUCCGCCCAAGGGGUGGUCGAACGCGCCUCGGCGGAGCUCUCGAAACGCAUCAACGGCCUGGGCCUCCGCGGCAGCAAACACCACUCGGCCAAGAGCAGCGUGAUGGAGAGGGUGACGAACGUCUUCUGCGGCGGCAGCAACGCCGCCGUGGCUGCCCCCGAGAAGCCUUCCAGACUGCUGCCGGCCAGGGCCUCCAAGAGUGCAGGCGCCAACUCGGCCGGGCCGCCCAACCAGAGGAAACAGCGACCGGCCCCAACUUACCUCAACUGGGAUCAGCUGAUGAUGGACGACAAGUUCCUGACCAAGUUUUUCCUCUACUUCAGUGCGUGCGAGAGGUGCGUCUUGGCUCGAGUCUGCACGCGCUGGAGGGACAUCCUCUAUCGGUCGCCGCGCUACUGGUCGGGCCUGGUGCCAGUGCUGCAAUGCCGCGAAAUGCGCGGAUGUCAGGGUAAUGAGAGGGCACGUCUGUACUCCUCCUUGCUGAGGAGAGAGUUCCACAGUCUCUGUCUGAUGGGAGCUUCCGACGAAGACGCUUUAGAUCUGGUUAACACGUUCCCCCUUGCUUCGAAACACAUACACACACUUAGUCUACGAUGUUCUAGUAUUACGGAUAGAGGACUAGAGUCGUUGUUAGACCACCUCCAGGCGCUGUACGAGCUGGAGCUAGCGGGCUGUAACGAAAUCACAGAGGCGGGCCUGUGGGCAUGUCUGAACCCCCGGAUAGUGUCGUUGACGCUCACCGACUGCAUAAACGUCGCCGACGAGGCGGUGGGAGCGGUGGCCCAGCUGCUGCCCGCGCUUUACGAAUUCUCCCUACAGGCCUACCACGUCACAGACGCGGCCCUAGGAUACUUCUCGCCAAAACAGAGCAACUCCCUCAACGUGCUCAGGCUGCACUCCUGCUGGGAGAUCACUAAUCACGGCGUUGUAAAUAUAGUUCACUCGCUACCGAAUUUAACAGUGCUAAGUUUAUCAGGGUGUAGUAAAAUCACGGAUGACGGAGUAGAGCUUAUAGCCGAAAAUCUGCAGAAACUAAGAUCCUUGGAUCUCUCCUGGUGUCCUAGAAUCACCGAUGCUGCCUUGGAGUGUAUAGCAUGCGACCUCAAUCAAUUAGAAGAACUAACACUAGACAGAUGUGUACAUAUAACGGAUAUUGGAAUUGGAUAUAUCUCGACAAUGUUAUCUUUAUCAUCCUUAUAUUUACGUUGGUGUUCGCAAAUAAGGGAUUUUGGACUGCAACAUUUAUGUGGAAUGCGCAAUUUACAAAUUUUAUCUUUAGCAGGGUGUCCUUUGCUAACGUCUAGCGGCUUAUCAAGUCUGAUCCAACUUCGGCAUAUGAGAGAAUUAGAACUAACAAAUUGUCCAGGGGCGUCUAAAGAACUGUUUGACUAUUUGAGAGAACAUCUUCCACGCUGCCUCGUGAUAGAAUAAGCAAACACCUAUUGUCCACUUGUUACAUUUGAUACUAGAAUUGUGCAAUAACACUCUCAAUACAUUUCCUAUUGUUCGUUUUCA